AUGACAACGAAUACGGUCUUCAGAAAACAAGAUUUAAUCGAAAAACUGAAUAGAAAUCUAUUUAUGCCAGCAAACACAGAAGAGAUGGAAAUUCGAAUAAAAUUCAAUAGAAUAAUCGAUUUGACAACGAAAGCAUAUACAAUAAUAAUUGCAAUUUUCGCUACCGGUGUGUUCGUCAUGACAUUCAUCGUCGAUUACAAAGGAAGGAAACUAGUGGGUAGAUUGUGGCUACCUUACGACUACACGUCUACUACUCUGUAUGUACUUACUAGCGUUUGCGAAUUUCUGGCAACUGCGUUUGGUGUCUCUGUAAAUAUUGCCUGCGAAUGUCUGUAUGCUGGAUUGACGCUUCACAUUUGUUGUCAGUUCGAAAUCCUCGAGCAUCGUUUUAAAACCCUCGAUGGGAAAGACAUUUGUGCCGUGAACCGAUGUGCAUCUCAUCACCAUCACAUAUACGAGUAUGCAAAGAUGAUCAACAACGAAUUCAAGAAGAUCGUGUCGUGCCAAUUCUUCAUGAGCAUGUCUGUGCUAUGUCUAAACCUCUUUCGGAUGUUAAUCGCACAGAACUUUUUAGAUUUCGUGGAAGUAGUGAUGUACAUGGUUUGCAUGUUCUCGCAGAUAUUUUAUUAUUGUUUCCACGGCAAUUUGGUUAAAGCAAAGAGUAUAGAUUUUUCUGAUGAAAUAUUCGGAAGUGACUGGCCAUCUUGGAACGACAACUCCAAAAAAGUUCUGCUAAUGGUUAUCAGACGUUCGAAGAGACCCAUUGAAUUUACUAGCAUGCACGUCGUGACGUUAAGUCUUGAGUCAUUCAUGUCGCUGAACAGAAAUCUGUUUAUGCCUGCGAACAAGCAGGAGAUGGAUAUUCGAAUGAAGUUCAACAGAAUAAUCGAAUUGACAACGAAAGCAUACACAGUAGUAAUCGCAAUCUUUGCCAGUGGAAUGUUCCUCAUAACAAUUGUCGUUGAUUUCAAAGGAAGAAAGCUAGUCGGUAGAGUGUGGCUACCUUACGACUACUCGUCUACUACUUUAUAUCUGAUCACUAGCAUCUCUCAAUUUCUAGCAGCUAUAUUUGGUGUUUCCAUAAAUAUUGCCUGCGAAUGCCUAUACGCAGGAUUGACGCUUCACGUUUGCUGUCAGUUCGAAAUCCUCGAACACCGUUUUAAAACCCUCGAUGGGAAAGACAUUUGUGCCGUGAACCGAUGUGCAUCUCAUCACCAUCACAUAUACGAGUAUGCGACGAUGAUCAACAACGAAUUUAAGAAGAUCAUGUCGUGUCAAUUUUUCAUGAGCAUAUCUGUGUUAUGUCUGAACCUCUUUCGGAUGUUAAUCGCACAGAACUUUUCGGAUUUCGUGGAAGCAGUGAUGUACAUGGUUUGCAUGUUCUCGCAGAUAUUCUAUUAUUGCUUCCACGGCAAUAUGGUUAAAACAAAGAGUAUUGAUUUUUCAGACGAAAUAUUCGGCAGUGAUUGGCCAUCUUGGAACGACAACUCCAAGAAAGUUCUAUUAAUGGUGAUCAGACGUUCGAAAACACCCAUCGAAUUUACUAGCAUGCACGUCGUGUCCCUAAAUCUUGAAUCUUUCAUGUCGGUUCUCUUCAACAUAGAAGAUCGAGGUUUUAGUUUAAAAAGGAUGCACAAGUUUCCUUUGUCUUUUACUCUGCUCACUUGUUGCGGUUACUGGAGGCCAACAAAAUGGCCAACUAACUCGUUCAAAUAUUGGCUCUACAACAUUUACUCGGUCUUCAUGAUCGGAUUUAUCUGGUUCUUCGCGUUUUACGCCAUGGUAGACUCGGUGACUUCUAAGGACCUAACGACGAUGUCUGACAAACUGUCUGUGGGUUUGUCGGUGUUGCGCGUCUGCGUCCAGGUGCCCAUUUUGUUCAUCCAACGCAACAAGAUCAUAUCGGUGGUGCACAUUCUGCUGGAGGACGACUGUAUUCCACGGGACGAGGAGGAAGUUAUCAUAAAACGGAAAUGCGACAGCUUAGCGAGCUGGAUGCCGUUCAGUUUAGAUCGAAUAGAACUGUACAUGGUAUCUCUGUUGCAUCAAACCUGUGGCCUUUUUAUUUGCGCGAACACCAGUGUGGCUAUCGAAACGAUGGUCGCUGGAUUGCUGAUGCAGGCUAGAGGUCAGUUCGAGAUGUUUUGUCAUCGAGCUCGAAACGUGCCAGUCGCGUUGAUGGCAAUUGAAAGAGAUGACAAUUCGGGGAAGAAUUUGGGGAGAAAAUGGCGGAAAAUGCGGAAAGACUUGGUCAGAUAUCAUCUGCAUAUAAUCAACUUUGUAAACAGCAUCAACUCCGCCUUUCAGUACAUAAUCGCAAUCCAAUUUCUUAUCAGUUCGUCGGUACUGUGCCUCAGCGUUUAUCAGAUGUCUCUGUUAGACCUAUUCACCGUGGAUAUGCUCUUCAGCUACAGCUAUGUGGGCAGUAUGUUCACGCAGGUGUAUUUAUACUGCUGGUUCGGAAACGAGAUGACGUUGAAGAGCACCGAACUGGCGGACGCUAUUUAUGGAAUGGACUGGACGAUUCUCCCGACGGACGUGCAGAAGGAUUUAUUGAUAAUCAUGAUAAGAUCGAUGAAACCCGUUAAAAUAACGUGCGCUCACAUUCUCAUAUUAUCCGUGGAUUCUUUCGUCUCCAUUAUUAAGAUUUCGUAUUCGACGUAUAAUCUAUUAAAAACCACCGACGGUACAUAAAUAAUGACUCCAUGAAUUAUCAGUUUAAUCUUACUAUCAUUCAACAUUCCGCACAUUUAUAUACUUACAUGACUGAGCAA